AUCGAUUUUAAUGUUGCGGAUUCACAGUCAAUUACGACUGAAACUAAUCGCCUCUCCUGGGUGAAAAAAAAUGGUCUUACUGAGUGGAUCUUGGCUGAUUUCCACACCCUCCAAGGCUACCUCCUCUCGACGAUACAACGUUAACAAAUACAGGGUCAAUUAUUGAUGCAGGGCAUGACUGAAUGGCGCCGCCUGAUUGUAGCACUUCCAGUUGCCAUGGUUGUGUUUGUUCAAGUUCACUUUUUCUGAUUGGUGCGAAGGGUCCGGUCUCCGAGCAACGGUGACAGUGUUUGGGAGGGAGCGGCUGGAACAUUCGUUGUGCGUCGAGCCCGUGAUCCAGACUCCCCUGAAGAACAGUCCGGGGAAAACCCUAUCAAUUGUGGUGAUAUCAUUGUGGCAAAAUGGCGACUCUGAGUUUGAAGGCAGCUCAGAGAUAUUCUGUUCCAGACUGGUUCUCCAACAAUAACCAGAUCUCAACCAAUUCAGAAAGGCAACGUUAUAUGUCGCAUCAGAUCCGCCAGGAAGGUCGGGCCCUACGGAAUGAAACCAACAACCAGACUAAAUGGGACCAAGAAGAUAACAGCACCAGACUCGCUGAACGUAUGGAUGAGGUGGAGCGGUGGAAAGAUGUUCUAGAGAACACUCUUUGUGACAUUAACAUUGAGAUCGAUGCUUUAACCAAAAGUAAGGAUGAAGCAGAACGUGCUUUAGAAGCCAAGAAUCUGAACCUGGAUGUUGUCAUUGAGAAUCUGACCUUACGGGAAGGACGGCAAGACAUUGAUCUUGUGACGGACCAAGUGCAUGAACAGCUUCUUAAGGAAGUCGAGGUGGUCGAAGGCUCAAAGAAAGCACUUCAGCAGAAAAUCACUGAAGCCUUUGAACAGCUCUGUUUGUUAAUGGAAGCUCGUCAACAGCUGAUCUUUGAUAUCAGCAAUAAAAAGGAAGCUUUGAAAAUUGAUGAAGUUGCCUUGACACUCAACAAUAAUUCCCCAAACAUUUCGUUCAAACCAAACCCACUACGCAUUCCUCCAGGAUCCACCACGAAACAGCAAUGGGAUAUGUUCAGUCGAUACAACAAGGAUCGUGCAGAAGCAGAGAUGAAAGCUUCAACCAGUCUCCGUGAAGCAAUUUCUGCCACUAUUAAAUACACUGAUAAUGAAAUAGAGGCACAGCGAGUUGCCACUGACUUUGCCUUCAGGAAGAGAAUCCAUGAGUUUGAACAGGCGCUUAGUGAAUUGAAAUGGCAGGAGAAAAAUAUCUUGGAGGACAUCGCAGAUCUUGAGGAAGAUAUUCGACGUCUUGAAGCAGAUCUUCGAGCUAAGGCAGCUCCUUUGAAGGUGGCUCAUACGAGACUUGAAACUCGUACCUACAGACCUAAUGUUGAUCUCACCAGAGAUGAAGCACAGUAUGGACUGGUGGAUGAGGUUCAUCAGUUGGAGGGCACCAUCGAUGCACUCAAACAGAAGCUUGCCCAAUCUCAGGACGCUUUGACUUCACUGCAAAAACAACUUGCACGAAUACAAGAGGAUAUCGGCUUCAAGACUCAUUCACUGUGUCUUGAUAAACAUAGCAUGGAUGUUAGAGCAAAACUAACCACUCCACCUGAGAAAUAUGUGUCAAAGACAGAUAGCUUUCCCCGCACGCCCAACCGACAACUAUCAGAAAUCAAAUGCAGGCAACUUGAAUUAUUAUAAUAUGGGAUCAAGUACAAAAAACAAAUGAUAUACUUGGUAAUCUAAUGCUACAUCUGCUGUUAUAGUGAAUCUGUAGUGAAAUGUGCUGUGUCACAAAGCAAAUAAAUAAAUAUACACAUG